GCUCUAGAGUGACGUCAUCAAGGGGCGCGGUUGCCUUGGCAGCAGGAGAGGGCCCCCUUUGUUGUUGUGGUGGUUGUUAUUUUGGAGGGGGCUAUUUGGGAAAGAUGGGGCAGGAAGAGGGGCCAGGGCUGCAAUUGCAGCUGUUUCUCAGGAGGGUGGCAGUGCUGCAGGCUUGCAUCCGAGGUUUCCUUGUCAGGAAGAGGUUUCGGCGCUUAAAGGGGGAGUUUGAGGACAUUGUGAAGGAGAUUGAAGGGAGCCUGGAUCGGCUGCAGUGGGAGAACUCUUCCCUUCCAAAGCCUGUGUUUCUUCCAAAGUCUGUCCAGAAAUCAAUAAAGACGAAGGAAUGGAGCAGCCGAGAGGCUGACAGGAGCAAGUCAAGGGAACAUGAGCAAAACCUUCAUUGCGAAGAGGAGUUAUUACCUGAAAAGGAGCGUGAUUGUAAGCUUCCAAAACAGAUGGUGGCAGUAGCUGAAGAGGAGGACAUGAAGCAAAAUCCAGAGUAUCUUGAACGCAAGCCCUGUGGGAAUGACUGUAGUAUGCCAGCAGAGGAUGAGGAAGAAAAGGAGGCUAGCAAUGUGUCAUCUGAAUGGAGCAGCACCAUCCUGGGGAUGGGAUCUCCUCGGCUGAGCCAAGAGCUUCGCUUCCAAAAAGGACAAGAGAUCCCCCAAACUCUGCCUGAACUCCAGCAGUAUCAGAAGAACCUGGCCAUGGAGCUCCUGUGGCUGCAGCAAGCGAUCGUCAGCCGUAAGAACUAUUUGAUCCUGAAACAGAGGCUAGGAAGCUCGAAGUGACUGUUGAUGCGAAGGCACAGCUGCUGGUCCUACUAUGUACAGCAAACCAGAAGCACGCGUUCUUGCAAGCUGUUGGAUGGGGGAGGCAGUUGAGAAAGCAUUGGGCUUUUUCCCUUGGAGUGAGCUUUAAGGUUUGCACAGAUGGCCAGGAAGAUCCUUGUCAGCCACCUCCCAUCAAAAGAUUCAAUAUACUGUGGGUGUCUUUUUAAAAAGACAGCAGCUAAGAAGAAUAUUUAUAUACCCAGAAAUACCCAGAAAUCCAUUUCUGCAGGUUGAGUUUGUGGGG